CUGAAGACGCUGAAAUCGUUGGCAAUCCAGCUCGCAGCUCAGAGCCUGAGCUCUGCUAUCCUUGCAGUUGCGGAGAGCUCAGGCCUCGCGCUCCCAUGGCUCUCCUCCGACUCCAAGAACAGUGCUCGCUCCUCCGCAUCUCCAGCUCCCACCACCCAAAUCCCUUCAAACCCCCAAGAAAUCCUCGGAGGACCCAACUUUUACCGCCCAAUGCGGCCAAGAAUGCCACCCCCUCCGAAAUCCCGGUUCCUCGCGCCCCCGCCGCGGCGCCCAAGACCGCAAUCCCGGCGCGGAAGGCGGCUCCUUGGCGGGAAGCCCUCGUCCCCGUCGCCGCCGCGGUCGCGUCCUGGCCGCUCCCUUCCCUGGCGGCGGAGGGCGACGGGAAGGUGAGCCUCGAGUCCAUCGUGGUGGCCAUCGACGACUUCAACAACCGCAACCCCUUCUUCGUGGCCGGGGUCGUGUUCGUGUGGCUCGUGGUGAUCCCGCUGGUGCAGGAGUACGUCUUCAAGAAGUACAAGCCCGUGAGCGCCAUCGACGCGUUCCGCACGCUCCGCGACGUGCCGGAGGCGCAGCUGCUGGACAUCCGCCGGGCCAAGAGCGUGCGCUUCAUGGCGCCGCCGAACCUGAAGCUUGUCGAGAAGAGUGCCGUGCAGGUUGAGUUCGACGAGGAGGACGAGAAGGGGUUCGUCAAGGAGGUGCUGGCGAGGUUCCCAGACCCCGCUAACACCGUCGUCUGCGUCCUUGACAACUUUGAUGGUAAUUCUUUGAGAGUUGCUGAGCUACUGAUCGAGAAUGGUUUCAAGGAAGCCUAUGCAAUUCAAGGGGGCUUGCGAGGCCCAGAAGGGUGGCAGGCUGUUCAAGAAAACUACCUUCCCCCAUCUGUACAUGUUUUCCCGAGGAAAAAGAAGGGCAUGAAGUUAGCUCACACAGAUGUGAGCGCUGAUGGAGCAGAUGGUAUGAAGGGGGAAAAUGAGGAACCACUAGCUCCUCCAAGCACCACUGUAGUCAAUGCAAGUGAUGAAUCCAAAGAUGUUUAUGAAAAUCCCAAUGGAAGUACAACUUCUGCAGAACAUGCAACUAGGAGACCAUUAUCGCCAUAUCCAAAUUACCCUGACUUGAAGCCACCGUCAUCUCCAACACCAUCAAAACCAAGGACUUAAGAGCAAUGCGGGAAAAUCACGUGUGAAACUCGAAGUCAGAAGCAGACAACUCCUGCACAAACAUUUUUGUACACUUCUAACCGUUGAUGUCGAGGAGAUUGCUGGGGUAUGGGGAUCACAUCUAAGAAGAGCACAGGCUGCAUCGGAAUUUUUCUUUACUAUUGAGGCUAUGGUGUAUUCUUAGUUCUGUAGUUGUUAAGCUCGUCCCAGUUUCUGGUGUUGUUGAUUGGUUGUAAAUUGCAGUGGGGGCGAAAAUGACCUCAUAUAUGUGACUUCAAACUUUUUGUGGUGUUGUAGAGUUUUCCAGUUUGGCAACUGUGGUUAGCUCUGCAUUUUGCCGUGACUGGUUCAUGCAUCUACAUUCAGGCCAUACUACUACAGUUGUAAAUGAGUUCGCCCCGUUUUCUUCCA